UAUAGUAAUGGCAAAUCAUGGCGUAGCAUCCUUUGACUACACGUAUGAUGUUUUUCUGAGCUUUCGACGCGGAGUCCACCGCGCGUUCAUUGAUCAUCUCUAUAAAGCUUUGGACGGCGUAGAUAUCAAAAUCUUCAAAGACGACGACGAGGAAGAAUCGACGACCGAAGAGGAAGAAACCAAGCCGGAUCUUCUCGAGAAAAUCGUAAGAUCCAGAAUAUCAGUGGUUGUGCUGUGUAAAGACUUUCCAUUUUCCACAAGGUGCCUCGAUGAAGUUGCCAAGAUCAUGGAGUGUUAUGACAAAAAAACGAUGCAGGUUGUGGGACUUUUCUAUGACGGCGUGAUAGCUGCAGAUGUACGUUGGCAGAAGGAAGAUAGGGCAUAUGGCAAAGCCAUCACUCAACAUAAAGAGAGAUUGGGAUUGGGAGAAGAAUCGGAGAAGAUCAAAACAUGGCGGUCUGCUUUGUUUAGAGUAUGCGAACUCAUUGCAUUAAAUUGCGACAAAAAGUAUGAAACUGAGCUUAUCAGUAUGAUUGCUAAAGGCGUCUCUGCUAGAUUUCCUCCUUUGCGUUUACAAAUCAAAGACGUAGUUGGAUUAGAUUCUCGUUUUGAGGAGGUGAAAUCGCAUCUAGAUAUAGGCAACAAUGAUGCGGUUCAAAUGCUAGCAAUUUGUGGAGCUCCUGGCAUAGGCAAAACCACAUUUGCUGCAUAUAUUUAUAAUAACAUUAUUAACAACCAAUAUAUUGCUGCAAGUUUUAUAUCCAACAUCAGAGAUAAGCCAAAAGUGGAAGAUCUCCAGUCGACGUUGUUAUCUGAGAUGGGCGAGAAGCGAGAGAGCAGGAGGGGCGAUACAGAUGGUGGAGGCAGAGAAAUCAAACGCAAACUUAGCGUUAAAAAGGUUCUUUUAGUGUUGGAUGGUGUUGAUAAGAUAGAACAGUUGAAAUCGCUGGCUGGGGGGUGUGAUUGGUUUGGUCCUGGCAGUAAAAUUAUUAUAACAACAAGGGAUGCAACUUUGUUGAAUAGACAUCGUGUUAAAAUUAAGAGAUAUCAAAUGACAGAGCUAAGUGAUGAUGACUCUCACAAACUCUCUUGUUGGUAUGCCUUCGAUGAUAGCGAACCGGCACAAAACUUUGCAAAUCUUGUUCCUCAAGCACUAAGUAUUGCAAAGGGUGUUCCUUUGGCCUUAAAAAAACUGGGCUCUAUAUUGAAGGAAUGGGAAAUGGAAUUGGACAGAUAUAACAAGGUUCCAGAGGCUUUCGAAUUUUUGCUCAAAUCUUUCGGAAACUGA